AGCCAUCAUGUGAUUGUGUGCUUGUGUGUGUGCUGCUUAAGUCUUGAGAGUCUGGACUGUCUAGCAGGUUGCACAGAUCUCCUCCCCUGGGGAUUUAAUGCAACAGACUCACGGCCAGCAGCCGUCACUGAGAGCCCCUGAUGGUGGUCCGCUUCAUGAGGUGUGGACCAAUGGGAGGGCAGCACUAAGGAUGCAACAGUGUUCCAGGAAAAAAUACCCCAUUGUUUGAGAGACGCUGAAGGAGUGUGACCUCGCACGGACUGGACUGGUUCACCUAACGGCCCGCCAAGAGAGACAGAGAGAGAGAGAGAGAGUCAUUAUAAGCGAUGAGUGGAGGUGUCAACGUGAAGUCGGCCUCCCGGGGUCCUUCCUCAUCUGGAAUCCCCCUCCCCCACAGCCUUCUGCCCACCUCACCCAAACCAGACCCUCGCCGCAACACCAGCAGCCUCCCCCGGCCCUCGACACACACCCCUAAACACACGCCCACACACACCCCUAAACAAACACCAACACACACCCCUACUCACACAGCCACGUAUUUACAGAAACCCCGCACACUCCUGUCCUCUUCCUCCUCCUCCUCGUCCUCCUCCUCGGCUUCCUCUUCCUGCUCCAACAUCCCAGACGCCUCCUCCAGCAGGGGCCUCCUGAGAGACGUCUCCCUGAGGAAUCAACUCCUCCAAAGGGCCGGGGCGCUACCCGUUCCCAAGGCCUCGCGCUCGGCCUGCGGCAGCCCGCAGUCCCCGCGCAGGGAGGCCAGGGAUCUGCCUGACCAGAGCAAACGCACGCCGCACAGCGCCGCACCGCCCCCGCACACGCACACCGACCCCCAGGGUGGCAACCGCAACGGGAACGCCCCCUGCACCAAUCAGAACCAGGCGUGGUACGCGAGCGGACACUCGCCCCGGCUGCAGUUCAGACGGGGGCACGUCUCCGACACCUCGGCCCGGGAGGGAGGGGAGGUCCGGGGGCAGGGAUGUCUGGAGCACAGGGCUCCCGGGCCGAGGCCAACGACGGAGCCGCUGGCGCCGCCCCCCGCGUUCGGCAACGUCAACCUCCAGCCCUCCCGGGCUCACGCCGCCCCCUCCCUGGGCGGCAGCCUGAGGGGUCGCAGCGGCUCCUCCAGCCAAUCAGACGAGGAGAUGUGGACCCCUGAGGACGCCAGCCCCGUCUCCUCCCCCAGUACCCUCGUACCGUCGCCUAACUCCACGGGAUCGCCCGACGCCCGGGAGACGUUUAGUAUUCAGGGCCCGGCCCAGUCCAAUGAGGCGGUGUUCCCCGAGACGCAGACGCAGAGAGUCAACAUGGCCACCGUGGCGCCCUUCAGGUACAGGCUUCAGGUGGAGCAAAACGAUUUAUCCCUGGAUGAGCUGAGUGACUGUUCCUCUGGAUCUAUAGAUGUCUGCUGUGAUGCCUUCACACUAGGAGGGAUGCUGGCCGCUAAUGUGGCUAGCAUUAGCAUGACGGCUAAGCCAAGGGAGCUUGAUUUGAGGUCCCCUGCCAACGGCCAGGACGCCGCCGCUCGGACAAUGGCCUCCAGGAAGAUCCAGAGCAAGCCCUCCGCUCUGCCCCAGGGGCUGUCCCGCCCCUCGGGGCCUGAGCUGAGGGUGUACCGGCCCGCCUCGGGCUCCAUCCCCAUCCCCAGCGCCACGCCGGCCAAGCUCCGCAAGCAGCACUCGCUCACCAACCUGGCGGUCCUCACGGACGCCGAGAAGAAGAUGCACCUCUACCCGUCACCCCUGUGGAGCGAUGACAUGGGCCGGCCCGGCGCCGGCACCCCCACCGGGGGCCAGGGCAAGACCGCUGGUCCGCCGGGGGCCGCGAAGGGGCCCCUGUCCCGGACGCUCUCCAAGUCAGAGCAGUCUCUGUUCCAGGGGAAACCAAAGCCCUUCUUAUCCCCAGCAGGGACCCCCAGUAUAGGCAAGCCCAGUCGCAUCCCCGCCCCCGGGAAACCCAGGGGACCCUACGCAGAAGUCAAACCCAUCAGCCAGGGGCCGGAGCCUAGUAAGGGCCCCGACCCUUCAGAACCCCCCAACAAGCCUCAAUCCAAUGGGACCGGGAGCACCGGGAUUAAUGCCAAGAAACCAGGGGAGAAGGGCCGGGCCGAGGCGCCGUCCGCAGAGGGGAAGAAGGAGGCGAAGGAGGUGGAGGGGGAGUCCCCCUUCCUGAAGGUGGACCCCGAGCUGGUGGUCACCGUGCUGGGGGACCUGGAGCAGCUGCUCUUCAGCCAAAUGCUGGACCCUGAGUCCCAGAGGAAGAGGACGGUGCAGAAUGUUCUGGACCUCCGGCACAACUUGGAGGAGACCAUGACCAGCCUGCGGGGAGCUCAGCUCAGCCAUAGCUGCCUCGACGUGGGCACCUGCUAUGACAGCGACGAGGCCGCUGCCUUCUCCGUGUCCAGCCUGUCCAACCGCUCCUCGCCGUUGUCAUGGCGACAGGGCCAGGCCAGCCCCCGGCUGCAGGCGGGCGACGCCCCCUCGGCCGACCACGCCCGCUCCCACAGCCCCAUCCGCAUCGGCCACACCUCCCGCAUCCAGCUGAUCGAGGAGCUGGACGCGGACCCCUCCUACCUGAAGGGCGGGGGCUACCUCAGCGACAGCGACCUCGUCCAGAAGAAGGCGCCGCAGGACGGCGACGACAUGGACGACAUGGACGACAUGGACGACAUGGACGACAUGGACGAGCUGGGCAACGGUUGGGAUGAGAGCAGCUCCAUCAGCAGUGGUUUGAGUGACGGCUCGGACAACCUCAGCUCGGAGGAGUUCAACACCAGCCCCGUCCUCAACUCCCUCCCAACGACUCCUAUUGGCUCCCGCAGGAACUCAGGGGUUGUGCUCCGUACGGACGCAGAGAAGAGGACCCUGCUGGCGGAGAGCGGGCUGUCCUGGGACAGCGAGGACCCCAAGCAGGCCCAGCGCCAGAGCCUGGGCGGCGGGGGGCUCUACGACACGGGCAGCCUCAAGGCGGAGCCGGCCAACAAGUGGAAGAAGGCGCGGCCGGCCGGGGAGGGCCCCGAGGCGGGGCGCGGAGAGCUGCGCAGGCCCCAGACCCUGGGCCAGUCCAACAUGCUGAAGAGGCCCGGGCGCAACCCCCCGGUGGGGGUCACCGCCCCCAUCACGCACACCGCGCCCAGCGGCCUCAAGGGGGCAGGCACGGUGAAGUCCGAGGGGAAGCCGGUGGAUAAGUCUCGGUUAGCGGUGAAGACGGCGGGACUCCAGCGCUCCUCUUCAGACGCUGGAAAAGACCACAGGACCCAUCCCCCCGGCACUGGCGAGCAGAGGAAACCCCCGUCGGGCCUGGUCCGGCCCUCCACCGGGGGGAACUUUGGCUUCAAGAAGCCCGCCGCCGCCGCCGCCACCCACAACAGCGCACAUCAUCCCAACGGGACGAGCGCAGGUGGGGGCCCCGCCACCGGGCCCUGCGUGGCAAAGACCCCCAAGACGUCUGGUAUCCCCGUCAAGCCGGUGACCGGCAGCAGCCGGAAGACCAGCCUGGACGUCCUGAGCGGGGACCCGAGCGGCUUCCUGUCCCCCGGCGCCCGGGGCUCCCUCCAGUACCGCUCGCUGCCCCGCCCCGCCAAGACCAGCACCCUCACCCUCACGCGGCCCAGCUCCGCCCGGCCCAUCAGCACCACCAUGGACCCCGGCUCGGGGCCGGCAAAGCCGUCCCCCGGGGCCCCCCAGGGCUCCCGGCUCAAGGAGCCCGCCUCGGGCAUGGGCCCCGGGGGCCCGGGGCUGGGGAGGCCCGGGGGCCGGGGGAUCCACAGCCCGGUCAACCAGACGGACCGCGAGAAGGAGAAGGAGAGGGCCAAGGCCAAGGCGGUGGUGUCGGACUCAGAGUGCGGAGGAGGGGGGUCCCUGAAGGGCAGCCCCGCCCAGACCCCCCUGGAGAACGGGGGAGGGAAGCCGCCGGGUCUGAGGCCCCCCAGCGGCAAAACGAGUGCCGACCUGCCCUCGCCGAGCACACACAGACCGCCCGGCGCCCGCAGCCUGGGGAAGCCGCCCUCCACGGACAAGCUGAGCUGCAGCAGCGUGGAGGUGGGGAUGGGCAUCCAGGACCAGCUGCCCCCGAAGAUCCCCCCCUACUCCAAGCUCCAGGAUCUGGUCAGCUCCGCGGGGGCCCUCCCCAGCCCCUGCCUGACCCCCAGUCCGGCCCCCGUGCUCAACGUCAACUCCUCCGCCUGCUUCUCCAGCUCGGGCAUCGGCCUGGGUCCCCGGCAGCUCUCCUCACUCGGGGUGGGGGGCAGCAGCACCACCUCCUCCCCCACCCUGGUCUACCCACGCAUCUCGGGCCUGCACCGCAGCAUGGAGUCCCUGUCCCUGCAGAUGAGCCUGGCACCGGAGCCCCACAAGCGGGAGAAGGAGAGGGAGCACGUGCCGGAAGGCUACCCGCCGAUGGAGCUCAUGGUCAGGGAUAGACAGACGGAGAUGCCCCCGCCCGCUAGCUGGAGCUCCGGGAGCACGGUCUCACUGACGCUCGCAGAAUGCUCUUCCCAGAGAGACAGAAACACACUUCCAAAGAAAGGCCUGAGUUUCCACGGCGCCCCUCUGGGCGAGGAGGAAGGCAAGGAGAGGGGGGAGCGGAGGCACUCCCACGUGGUCAUGAGCAUGACGGACUCCCUCGACCCCCCCAUGCUGUCUUCACCCACCUCCCUCCCCCGCACGUCCAGGACGACCAUGGUGGCCCAGAGUCCCAUCGGCAGCGGAGGCCCCCCACGGAUGACGCGCUCCAACAGCAUCCCGGCGCAGGACGCCUCCCUGGAGCUGUACGGGGCGUCCCCACUCGGCAGCACCCUGUCUCUGGCCGAGCGCCCCCGCAGCAUGGGAAUGGUCCGGUCCGGCUCCUUCAGGGACAGAGAGUCCAACGACGAAGUCCAUGGCUCCGUCCUCUCCCUGGCCUCCAACGCCUCGUCAAGCUACUCCUCGGCUGAGGAAAGAAUUCAAGGAGAGCAGAUCCGUAAGCUGCGUCGAGAGCUGGAGUCGUCCCAGGAGAAGGUGGCCAACCUGACGACGCAGUUGACUGCAAAUCAGGCAAAUCUGGUGGCAGCUUUCGAGCAGAGCUUGGCGCUGAUGACCACUCGGCUGCAGAGUCUAUCAGUCAGCCACGAGCAAAAGGACACAGAGCUGCUGGACCUGAGGGAGACCAUCGAGUCUCUGAAGUCCAAGAACGACGAGGCGCAGGCCGUCAUGCACGGAGCGCUGAACCACCCCGACAACCAAGAUGUGCGCAUGCACCGUCAGAACUCGUGUGAGAGCCUCUCCAGCCUCAACAGCCUCAGCAGCCUCUCCAGCCUGGGCAGCCUGAAGGAGCAGGAGGCCAAGAAGAAGAAGAAGAAGAGCUGGCUGAGGAGCUCCUUCGGCAAGGCGUUCAGCAUCAAGAAGGGAGGCAAGACGUACUCGGACAUCGAGGAAAUCGCCACCCCGGACUCCUCGGCGCCCAACUCCCCCAAGAUGGGGCACGAGGGCAGUGAGGGGGGUGACAGCCCGUCCCUGAGGCACUCCAUCUCCGCCACCUCCUCUGUCAUCAUGGAGAACCCGGAGGAGGGGGAGGGGGAGGGCGAGGAGAGGGUCGUGUCGGAACUCCGCUCGGAACUCUGGGAGAAAGAGAGGAAGUUGACGGACAUCCGACUAGAGGCACUAAGCUCCGCCCACCAGCUGGAGCAGCUGCGGGACGCCAUGAACAACAUGCAGUCCACAGUGGAGAACCUGAAGGCAGAGAAUGACCAUUUGAAAACAGGAAGCGUCCUCCAACUUCCUGGCUCCGGACCCACCACCUCCACCUCCCAGCCCUCGGGAUUGGCCUCUCUCCUGGGGCCCUCGUCAAGGCAGCCAAUGAGCUUGUCUCUGACUAAGUCCUUCAGCCUCAGUCUGAAUGAUUGUAAAGAUCCAGUGUCUUCAGUGGAGGUGACCAGUGAGUCUUUCCUCCGGGAUGAGACCAGUGUUCAGGUGCUGGUGCACAUCAGCGAUCAGGUCGAGGAUAGCAAACAGCAGGACUACUACCUGGGCUCAGUGACCGUGGACGGACGGACAGACUGGACCAGUCUGGACGCGCUCAUAGCCAAGACCUUCCGGGACUAUCUGAUGCAAGUGGAUCCAACUGCCAGCCUGGGUCUGUCCUGUGAUUCGCUGCACAGCUACCAGCUGACCGAGGAUGGGCAGCGUGUGAUUGGCGGAGACAAGCCUGCGCUCUCCCCCUCACGUUGCCUAGGGAAUAGUCCAUCUCGUAUCCUGGUAACCUUGAAAGGCCUGAGGGAGAAGUGUGUGGACUCCCUGGUGUUCGAGACGAUGAUCCCCAAGCCCAUGACGCAGCACUACAUCAGCCUGCUGCUGAAGCACCGCCGCUUGGUGAUGUCCGGGCCCAGCGGCACAGGGAAGACCUACCUGGCCCAGCGCCUGGCCCAGUACGCACUGCAGCGCAGCCGCCCCGGGACCCCCGACGCCGGCGCCGACCCCGGGACCCCGGUGCCCGUACACAGCCCCACGGUCAACUUCAACAUGCACCGCCAGUCCAACAAGGAGCUGCAAUUGUAUCUGUCCGACCUGGCCAAUCAGAUUGACCGAGAGAGCGGCGGAGAGAUGCCAUUGGCCAUUGUCAUCGAUGACAUCAGCGACGCAACAACCAUUAGUGAGCUGAUCAACGGAGCGCUGACCUGCAAGUAUCACAAAUGUCCAUACAUCAUCGGAACAACCAAUCAGCCAGUAAAGAUGGGCUCCAACCACGGACUCCAUCUCAGCUUCAGGAUGGUGACCUUCUCCAACAACGUGGAGCCCGCCAAUGGCUUCCUGGUCAGGUACCUGCACCGGAAGGCGGUGGAGGCCAAGCAGAAGGAGAAGGUCCACGACCCCGCCGGCCACCAGGCCCUCCUCAGCGUGCUGGACUGGGUCCCCCAGCUGUGGUACCACCUGCACACCUUCCUCGAGAAACACAGCACUUCAGACUUCCUCAUAGGUCCUUGCUUCUUCCUGUCGUGCCCAGUAACGGUCGCAGAGUUCAGGCCGUGGUUCAUCGACCUCUGGAACCAGUCCAUCAUACCGUACCUGCAGGAGGGGGCUAGGGACGGCAGCAAGGUUCAUGGUCAGAAGGCUGUGUGGGAGGACCCUGUGGACUGGGUGAGAGGGACUCUGCCCUGGCCCAACGCCCAGCAGGACCAGUCCAGACUCUUCCAUCUACCUCCCCCUACCGUGGGCCCAUCCACAGAGGAGAAGAGGCCCCCGAAGGAAACACCUCCCCUCAGCACGCUAGAGUACGACCCACUGAUGGCCAUGCUGCUGAAGCUCCAGGAGUCGGCCAACUUCAUUGAGUCUCCAGAACGGGACUGCACCCUGGACCCCAGCUUCCAGACCACACUGUGAAGUAAACAGUGUGGUCCCAGACUUUCCUUAGAUAUAUACGGCCAAUACUCUUGAGCGAAGCAACACAGGGUGCAAUCCAAAUAUGAACUUUAAGAAAGCCUUGGCGAGGACUCGCAGUACUACGCUUAAAUAACCUAAGACGCAAACGAAUAUCUGCAACAGUUAUGGGCUGCCAUUCUAUAACAACAUCGGAGAAAAACUAUAAAAUUGCUCUCUAGUAUCUCUAUCGUAUGUCGGGAAAUGUAUUGACGUGUCUGGUUUUUGUCUUGGGUCCUUUAAAGUAUAUCCCUGCAUAGUAGCCAGAGUAAUAUGACACCCAAUUUAGUUUAUCUUAUGCAUUCUAGAUCUAUUCUUACUGCCCACAAAAAUUGGCACUGGCUUAAUUGUACUCAAGUCAAACAAAUUAGACCAAGGAAUUAACCAUACAAAUUGUAAUAAGUAUAUAAUUGUGACAACAUUCAAAAACCCUUAACAAAGAAUUAUUUGGUUGACAGCCAAAAUGCACUUUAUUUUCUAUUCAAUUUGACCUAGCUGUGCUAGUGACUGUGACUCAAUGGGGACUAUCAGAAUGGCCAAACUUUGUAGUUCCUCUUCUAUCCUUUAGAGGGCAGUGUUUACCAACUGCUCCCUCAGUGCUCUGGCGCGUUUCCUUCUUAUUAAAGGUGCCUAUAAAACACCACACACACACACACCCUCACAUGACUUAAAUAUAGCCUUGAGACGAUUCGAUUAUUUUUAAUUGUGCCAAUGUGCCAAUUAAUUAUAGUUGCAUAAUUUGUGCAUUGGAUAUCGAGGUUUGAAUUUGCAAGUACUUAUAGGAAUGAACAUGCAUGAGUGAAACUGAACACAAUUCUUAAGGUUAAGAUGACAUCAUUCAUCAGUCGAUUCAGUAGGUCAGUGAUAGUGUGGUCCAAGAGUAUGAUAUGAUAUGAAUAGACACAUAUUCAUCACUUCCAGCGAAACUGCCAAGGUUAUACUGGUGGUAGUAAACAUUCCUAUGGAGACGAUCUACGGCUCUGGAAGCAUUUUAAUGUCUUGGACUCAACGCUUCACAGCAGCAUAAUGUUAACACACACACACCACCGGCUAAGCUCAUAUACAUCCUAUACCUUAUGUCCGAUUUUUAGAUAAAUCCUUGCCUGAUUAAUAGCGAGGGUAGAGCCCUUAAUUCUUGAGUUCUUUUUUAAAAGGUUUUAUACUGCAUCCCCCUCACUGAUUUGUAUACAUUUACUAUCAUCCCUCCUCCACACUCCGGUUUUAGGGUAGUUUCGGAAAAUGAUCAGACAAUAUUGUUUCUUUGCUACUUCACUUUAUGGUCAUUUUACAUGAUGUUUUACACUCUCAACUCAUGUAAUAUGUUUCUUCCUUUGUGUUUUUGGAGCUUCAAACUAGAGUGAAUGGCUUAAUCUCACUCCCCGGUGGGUGUCUGUCUGCCUGCACAGCGCUCUAUGCACACUCUUUGUUUUCGUUUCCCCUGUGGACGGCUUGGUUGGCUGACAUGUGAAAGUACUGUUACAGAUCGCUCCAGACGGGGACAACGGUAUAGGAACCACCCUGUCAAAAUAAAAGAGGUUGAUUCUUAGGUCCAGCUGGUGACCCCUAAGCCCUGGCCGAGUACCUCUGACAGCUGUGUGCAGCUCCGGACCACCCCUCAUACCUUCUCAUAACCGAACCGAAACAGGGUGCUAGCAUUGGGUCGUCAUCUGCUGCUAUUGUUGCUGCCUCAGACUAUCUGUGCCUAUCAUAUGACUUCUUGUUCAUUCGUCACUGGCUGCUUAGCUUUAUUGCAGCAGGCCUCUUCUGAGAGGAAGUCACUGGACAUGUCUUCCUCUCUUCUCUCUCUCUUGUCUCUCUUUCUCUCUCUCCCUGAUGUCACUUUAAAGAUGCCACACACACAGCCUCACACCAAGGUCUACAAAGAACCGGGGUGGACGUGAGGGAUGUUUAAACAUGUGGCUGGAAGGGAUAGAGGUGGUGGUGGAGACGAUGUUGGUCUCAUGAGGGACGAUGUUGUGCAGAGAGAGAACCAAUUGUAUUGUGUGUCACUGGACCCCUGUUGAAAAAAAAAACGUUGACCAGAAUGUGUCGUCUCAUAACGUUGGACCGCAAAAGAAAAAAGACAAACACAAGCAUGUUCUGAAUAUCAGUAUGAACGUGUGGUGUUUAUCGGCAAGAGGAAGUUGUGUAACCAGAACGGAAGCUAUACGUGAGGAGAUGGUGAUGAUGAUUAUGAUGAUGAUGAUGCAUGUGUGUUCCCAAAGUGAAUUGCUUAAUUGGACCUACCUUUUUGACCCAAGGGUUAGGGAGGUUCUUUGUCUUUGUUUUUAAAUCACAGAAUAUUACGGUUUCAAUGUUGUUUUAUAAGAGUUCAUAUGUCUUUGUUAAUUUGUGUUUCCCUUAUGCAAUUCUUUGUAAAGCAUUCCUUCUCUUUUUGUACAGAGCAUCGACUAAUGUAAACACUGUAAAUAAUCAGCUUGUCUGCGACAACAAUCACUACUAAAGAAUAGAGAUCUAUGCCCCAGAGUGUCAAGAGAAAGACAGAGUCUACUUGUUGUUUUCUUGUUUUGGUUUUUCUUCCUCCUCUAAUGAGAAGACGCACUUGGGUGGCUGGGGCCCCGGCGCGGCUUCACGGCAUGUUUCUAUAACCUCAUGGAUCCCAUAUGUCUAACAUUGCUCCGUGGACACCCAAUAAAUUCAUGCCAAUUUUCACAUCAA